GCAAAAAAAACAAAAAAACCCAACAAUAGAUUAAUAAAUAAAAACACGGAGCACGAUUUUUUUUUCCUCAGAGUACUAUUCUGUCGAAUGAAUACGUUUACAGUGUUUAAAAAGACCAAUGCAUACGAUAUAUUGGCUAUAGAAGCGCCGUGCAGAGCAGCAGUCUGAAGGCGUGCAAAGGGAGGAGGACAGGAAAUUAAGGAGCUACCUCGAAGGUCUCCGUCAAUCCACAUUUCAGCUGGAGCGAGAGGAGAGGAGGCGCAGAGGAGGAGAGAAGGCCGACGAGGAGCGCGAGUCGUGCCUGCUUUUGGCAGCUGUUCCAGCAGCCGCUUGUGUUGUUUUUCGGCUGUUCGGGUUUUUUUUUUCUCUAUUUUUCCUCCACCUUGCGUUUCCCUUUCUUUUUUUGAUGAACCGGUUCAUAUUUUUAACUUUAAUGUGAGAUACAACUGCUGUAAAACGAAAGAACGGAAACAUUAUAUCUUCAAGAGAGUUUUAUUUUUGUUCCAUUGUCGAUUUCCGAGGUUCUUUUUGUUUUUUUUUCUUAUGUUUUACAACUGUUUUCAGCUGUGAGUAGCAGGAGCUUCCAUUCUCCAAACGAUCAUCAAAAGCCCUUCCUUCCUUAGUUAGGACCUGAUAACCUGGUAUUCCUCAAGCACCUGAAACUGGCAGCUAUUCUCUUGGUCUUUGUGUGUUUGGGGAGUUGUUCUGUGACCACAGCUUAAGCACCACUCAGCCUUCUAGUCACCUAAGCCUAACUAAAUCCAGCCAGCUCUAGCCUGGUCCAGCCCAGUCCAGCCUGCUCCGAUUAUUUGGACAGGAUACUCAGUUCUGUGUGGACGUGAGGAAUAUGACUGCUGAGACUCUAAACUUCGGCCCAGAAUGGCUUCGUGCACUGUCCAGUGGGGGGAGUGUGACGUCUCCCCCUCCUUCCCCCGCCAUGCCAAAGUACAAGCUGGCCGAGUAUCGCUACGGCCGAGAGGAGAUGUUAGCACUUUAUAUCAAAGACAACAAGGUCCCAGAGGACAUGCAGGAUAAGGAGUUUGCUGCUAUUUUGCAAGAUGAGCCCAUGCAGCCUCUGGCACUGGUGCCUCUCACCGAGGAGGAGCAGAGGAACUUCUCCAUGUCCGUGAACAGCGCGGCAGUGCUGAGGCUCAUGGGAAAGGGAGUUGGAGGGCCAGCACCCGCCGGAGUCGUCCGUGGACGAGGGGCCGCUCGAGGUGGGCGAGGCCGAGGCCGCGGCGAAGGGGGAUUCUACCAAAGAAGUAUUGAGGACACCGAGGUGGGAUUUGGUCGCAACGUCCGAGAGAUUCACCGCAGCCAGAGCUGGGACGACCGGGGCGAGCGACGGUUUGAGAAGCCGCUGCGGCGGGAGGUGGGGCGGCCCAGUUUCGAAGAAAGCAGCGGUCCCGUGGGUCCCGUGAGGAAGGAGUACACAAGGGCUGACAGCGACAACUGGCGCACGCUCCGUGAGGAGCAGGAAGAGGACGAGGGCGAGCCGGGAACCAACUGGAGGCUGUCUGGAUCCCGCAGGGACGAUGGUGGUCCUCGCUCAGCGGGCUGGCGGGACCACAGCGGUCCAGGUGAAGGUCGGCGAAGAAAGUUUGAUUUCGACUUCCGGGACUCGGAGGGUCACGGCGCUGGCCGCCGUCGCGCAGGAAGCGAGGGAUUGGAGGACGACCGGGACGGCCUGCCGGAGUGGUGCACGGAUGAGGAGGACGGAGAGAUGGGGACGUUCGACUCCUCCGGAGCGUUCAUGCCCUUAAAGAAGGGUGGUAAGGAGACAAUCCUGGAGGAAGAUUUGGACUUUAAGGGCAUCGAGGACGAGGAUGAGGACGACGGCUUCCUUGAUGCAGAGAGGAACAAUGGAGACGGAGAUAAAGACAAGGAGAUUAAAGACCUCCUUCCUGCUGCAGGGGAAGAAAAGAUGAAGCCAGCACCACCCUCCUCUUCCUCCUCCUCCCCCCCAGCCCACUGUGCCCCGCCAUCACUGGAGCUCCAACCAGGAAGUGCUGGUCAGUUGAUGGAGAACUCUCAGAUGAACAACAGCCACUCUGUCAAGGCCGGCAGCGCCUCUGCUGAUGACCUGGCCUCGGUGGGGGGCUCCAAGUCCCAGCUCAGCCCCAGCGUCGCCAUCGGCAAUGCCUCCACCUCCUCCAACCUACCUCCCCCACCCUCCUCCUCUGCUGCUCCGCUCCUCCCUCCUUCUGGAGGAGACCCCGAGGACGAUGAAGGCCUGAAACACUUGCAACAGGAGGCAGAGAAGAUGGUGGCGUCGCUGCAGGACACGUCCAUGGAGGAGGAAUGCUUCACGCAUUCUCUGCAGCAGCAGGAGAGCCGGAACACAGCGGCUGCUCUGCCGCUGUCUCACGAAGCCGCCAUGAAGUGGUUCUACAAAGACCCGCAGGGAGAGAUCCAGGGGCCGUUCACCACGGUGGAGAUGUGCGAGUGGUUCCAGGCCGGCUACUUCACCAUGACGCUGCUGGUGAAGCGGGGCUGCGACGAGGGCUUCCAGCCCCUGGGGGACGUCAUCAAGAUGUGGGGCCGCGUGCCCUUUGCCCCCGGGCCCUCGCCGCCGCCGCUGCUGGUGAGGCAGCUCCCGCCAACGCAGCGCUCGCAGACCAGCCGGGGGUCCUCUGGGACGGGGAACCUGGACCAGGAGCGGCUAAAGAAGCAACAGGAGCUGGCGACGGCAGCUCUCUAUCAGCAGCUCCAGCAGCAGCAGCUAUUCCAGCUCAUUAACAGGUGCAGUGAGCAGGGUAUGAUGCCUUCGAUGAACCGGUCGAUGUCAGUGCCAGAUACAGGGCCCUUGUGGGACAUGCAUACCUCAGCUUCACAGUCGUCAGGCGGUGAAGCCAGUCUUUGGGACUUAACAAUGAAUCCUAAUACUCAGGGUCCAACUCUUGAACAGCUUCAGAAGCUCCAGGAGAGGCGAGACGCCGAACUCAGGGCGAAGCGCGAGGAGGAGGAGCAGCGCAAGAGGAGGGAGGAGAAGAGGAGGCAGCAGCAGGAGGAGCAGAAACGGAGGGAGGAGGAGGAGCUCUACAGACGCAAGCAGCGUCAGCAGCAGGAACUGCUCAUGAAGCUGCUGCAGCAGCAGUCGCCCCAGCAGCAGGGAUCUGCAAUGGGGGGCUCAGGGUGGAGCAGUGCGCCCUCUUCUGGCCUCUCUAAGGCAGGGAAGUCUCUGACCAUGCUGGAGAUGCAGGAGGCUGAGCGCAUCUUAAAGCAGCAGCAGCAGCGAGUGCAGCAGCAGAGACAUCCAGGGCUGUCCAUGGGGAGUUCCUCCAUGGGUGGGCAGUGGGCCGACGGCGUGGGCAUGUGGGGCGGUCUGGAGGGAAAGGGAGGAAGCGGCAGCUCCUCCAGCAGCAUGGGGAUGUGGGAUGAGGCGGUGAAGAACCAGGCCGGCCUGCGGGGGAACACCAACAACAACCUGGGCCUGAAGAACAGCCGCAGCAGCCCCUCUCUGACCGACCAGUACAUGAUGCGUCGUAAGAGAACGGAGGACGAGGAGAAGCUGCUGAAGCUGCUGCAGGGCAUGAAGCCUCAGGACGGCUUCACCACCUGGUGUGAACAGAUGCUGCACGCUCUCAACACCUCUGCCAACAACUCCUCUUCCUCUCUGGAUGUCGCCACCAUCGUGGCGUACCUGAAGGAGGUGGAGUCUCCCUAUGCAGUGCUGGAUUUCAUCCGGUCCUACCUUGGGGACACAGUGGAAGCCAAAGAGUUCGCCAAACAGUUUCUGGAGCGACGUGCCAAACAGAAAGCCAACCAACAGAGACAGCAGCAACAGCUAUCAAAAGAAGUGGGUGGGUUGAACAUGAACUUCCCUCUGCAGGACUCAAUGCGAGGAAUGAAUCCAAGCACUCUGCAGUCCAUGUUUCAGGCCAACCACAUGGGCAAAGCUGGUCUCUAUGACAACCAGGGAGGAAAGAUGAAGAAGAAGCCACCCAUGAUGCUGCACUCUGAUCCCAGCAUCUUAGGGUACUCAUUCCACAACACAGGCGAAUGUCUGAGCAUGAAUGAGAUGGAGAUGGUGGAGGAUUACUGAUGUGACGCAGCGCAGCAGCAAUAGCUACCUGAGGCCUUUUCUGUCUUUUAAUCAGACAAACCUGAUGACGAAUGUGCACUGCUGGGGAACCGGGGUAGGGAAGGGUGGGGGGAAUCGGUUUGGGUCGGGUUCUGGAAGGUAAGGGAGCAAAGCAUGAGAGACGGUGAAGGGUUAAUCCCUUUAUCUCGCUCUUGUUAUUUAAAAAAAGAAAAACAGGGCUCCCUGCUGCACCAGUUGAUCACUAGAGCAGGGGAGAGGGGGGGGUGAGC